AAAAUUCCAAGAAAAUAAUUUGUCAUCGAUCAUAAGGAUACAUUUUAAGUGUGUUUUUUAUGUUAAAUGUGUUAAUUAUUUCUUUAUCUUGAUCGUAUCUUUUUUUUUAUUUCUUAUUCGAGUGGAUUCAAAUUCAACCGUGAAUGAAAAAUGCGGAUGCUAAAAAUAAUGUUUUUUUGGUCGUUCUGCCUAUCGGUUUGUCAUGGAUAUCGUUUGCUCGGACUCUUCCCCUUUCAUGGUAAAAGUCACUUCGUCAUGUUUGAGCAAUUAAUGAAGGGCUUGGCCAGGAAGGGACAUCAGAUCGACGUAAUUAGUACCUUUCCAUUGAAAAAACCUUAUCCGAAUUACACCGAUAUUGUAAAACUUACACCGCCUCACGUAUUUGUUAACAAUGUAUCGUAUGAAUUUAUGCAAGUUUUGUUCAGUGCGAAUCCGGUGUAUACUAUAGCAACAUUGACAGGCAAUGAUAUUUGCAAACAUUUAGAAAAUCCGGCGAUACAAGAGUUGGCUCGUAAUCCACCGAAAGAUCCACCUUAUGACGCGGUACUUAUGGAAGUUUUUGGUGCUCAAUGUUUCGCAAUCUUUCCGUAUUUAUGGGAUGUUCCAUUGAUCGCGGUCAGUACAACGGCACUGUUCCCAUGGCUACCUCCAUUGAUUGCUCAACCAGAAAACCUGGCUUUCGUGCCGAACAAUAAAAAUAAUGCCAUAUUCUUUUUUCUUGUUUCAUUUUUAGUAAGAAUUGAUUAAUUUUAUUAAG